CCGCAACAAUAGGGGAGGCAAGGUAUGCAAUGCAUUCCCUGGCCAGGUUUUAUGUUAUGGUGAGGGGCCCAUCAUCAAAGCGAAAAAUUAAGCAAGUUAUUAUUUAAAAAAAAAAAAAAUGGAAAAUGUACAUUCUAUAUUUCUAUAAUAGAUUAAUGUCACAAUCAACCGCCAAAUGUUGAAUAAAUAUCCGAUAAUUUUGGGACCACUGAUAACUGAUAAUCUUUGUUUACAUGUACGAUGGUAAUUCACAUUUGAAAAUUAAAAAUAGGUUUAUUUAUAACUCUCAACAUAGACACACACAAACAAACGCUCGGGCCAUGGACACACAACACAUUUAUUAUGAUAUAAUAUCAGUAAUCAGUAGGUAUACUUAAUGCCUACUAAAAUUGUAAUUCGUUAAUCGUUUAUCUUUAUGAUUAUUAUUAUUACAUAAAUUCUCGAAUACUUCAUGAGCAUUGAGCACCUCAGCACGAUGGAAUAAAGAAAUCUAGUAAUACUUUAAUGAUAAUAUUGCGGUGAUACUCGUUGAAUUUGAUCAUUUUUGUGUGUUAUACUUAAUUUUUAACUUUUGUAACUGAGUCAAGUUUAUUGUUAAUCGUUAUCGUUUUAUUGAAACUUCUGUGAAGAAUGAUGAAACCAAAAGUCCUUAGUGGUGCGGCUAAAAGGAAGAAAAAUAAAGAGCAAAAAGAAAUUAUUUUAAAAAGUAAUAAAAAAAUUAAAAAUUAUUUUAAACCGGAUCAACUUGAACAAAGUAUUACAAUCACCACAAACCAAUCUUCACAAGGCAUGUGAUUUAUUGCAAGGAACAAUUUUGUCAAUUGAAAAAAUGAGAGAUGGUUAUGAUGAACUUGUUGUAUCAGCUACUGGAUUAUGCCAUAAAUGGGGUAUAUCUAUAACAAAACCUACAACCCGUAAAAUAUAUUCAAAACAAUACUGUGGAGAAAUUCAAGGAGAUAAACGAUUAGAUGUGCCUGAAGAAAAAUUUCGUAUAGCAAUUUUUUAUCCUCUCAUUGAUACAGCUUUAUUUCAGUUACGUGAUCGAUUUAAAGGACUUCAUUCCGUUUCAAGAAAUUUUGAAUUUUUACUUCCACAAAAUAUAGUUACUAUGAAAGAGUCAGAAAUAGUUAAAUCUUGUUAUGAUUUCAUAUCAUUUUACAAUAACGAUGUGACAUCAGAUUUAAUAAGACAACUAAUUUCAUUAAAAGAAUUUAUUAAAAAUACAAAAAUUCAAACUAUUCAAGAAUUGACAUCUUUUAUAAUUGAAUAUGAUCUUUCAUCUCUUUACAGUGAAAUUCUCACAGCUUGUAUUAUAUAUUUAAGUCUCCCAGUUACUGUAGCUACGGCCGAAAGGUCAUUUUCCAAAUUAAAACUCCUAAAAAAUUAUCUUCGGAAUUCUAUUUCGCAAGAUAGAUUAACUGGCAUAAGUAUACUUAACAUAGAAAAAUCAAGGACAAAAGAACUAGAUAUUGAAAAAUUGAUAAAUGACUUUGCUAAUUUGAAGUCAAGAAAAAAAAACUUUUUAAAGUAAAAUCUUUGUAUAAUACCUAUAAAUUAUAAUAGUACCUAUUGAUUGUUUAUUUUUUGUUAUUUAAAUUUGAAUAUAAUAUUGUUUAAUAAAUGAAUUACUUUUUAUUAAUUAUUUGACUAUUUGACUACUGAUAACUGAUGUAUUGUUGGAGAUGUGUUUAAAAAUAUGAUGAACUUAAUAUAGCCACAUUACUAUACUGCUUGUCAAGCAGUAUAGAGCUUGAAAAGUUUUAAAAAUUUAGGGCCAUACAUUUUGUCUAGUAUUAGGGAUCUGCCAAAGGUUAUCUGUGCACUGACUUUUUUUCAUUAUAAUGUAUAAUGCAAG